GAAAUAAUCAUGGAAAUCGAAAGGAACUUUAUAACUCCAGAACAACCCCCUGAAGUCUCUCAGUUGAAAAUAGUAGUCGUAGGUGAAAAAGGCUGUGGCAAGACGACUAUUUGUAAACAGCUUUGCGAAGAAGGCAAAUUUGAUGUAGAACCCACUGUUGGAUCUGACUUUUAUACCACCCAAAUGACUUCUAAAUAAGAAGUUGGUUCAAGUAAACCUCUGGGACCUUAGUGGAGACAAGAGCUAUUUGGAUGUUCGAAAUGAGUUCUAUAGAGAUAGCGACAUCCUCCUAGCGGUAUAUGAUAUUACAAACAAGAGAUCAUUCGAUUCCCUUGAUAUGUGGUUAAGAGAAGUCAGCAAAUUUGGAGGAGAAAGCCUUCCAGUUUAUCUCUGUGGUACCAAAGCUGAGCAAGAAUCUAGAAGAAAAGUUGACACAGACGAAGCUAAAGAAUGGAGCAACUCUAGAUCCUUCCAAGGGUUUUGAGAAAUAAAACCUACUGUAGAAGGGGACUCUUCUGUGCAGGCUCUUUUCGAAAGGAUUGUUAUGAGGCAUAUGUAAUAAUU